AUCUGCUUUGGUUUUAAUAGUCGGCUAAUUAGAAAUACUAGAGCGACCAUUGUUGCAACUAAUAGCCUAUAAAUCAUCUAGUUCUGUCCAGUUGACACAAAGAUCAAAUCUUAAAGAUUUAGACUUCUUACUCUUAAGGAAAAAAAAAGUGAGAGUUUCUUCUAAGCUAGCUGCAAUGGCCGUUGUUAGAUCCUUCAUGUGUAAGCUCAUGCCUCGAGUACCCAUACUGAAGAUCACGCAUUGGAGAAUUACUUCUCUUCGAUGUGCUUCUGGACCCGCACGGCCGGGUCUUGGUACAGGAAGUGGUCCGCAGAUCAACUUCAUCCCUCAAGGUGACACCAUUACAGAUGAAGACGAUCAUGAGCUGCAGAAUGGCGCCAACAUAUCAAAUAACAUAAAUAUCAUCAAUGAAGAUGACAUCGUAAAGGAGCAAGUUCCAGCACAAGUCGAUGAUUAUAAUAGCACAGAUGAGUCUCCAAUCGCGAUUGGUAAGACUAUCAAUUAAAAAUACGGGACUACCCAUCACGUAAUAGGUUUAUCAAGAUAUUUGUUUUUGGGUUGCCAUCCCCCUCGCAUAUUGAAUUUAUGAAUGCUUUAGAUUUGGGAAUAAAGUUUGUGCUUGAUGACCUUCGAUGAGGUCUACUGAGGUUGAU